AUGCUCUACAACCUUGCCCAGCGGGGCGUCAAGUGCGUCCUUUUUGAAAAGGGCGAGCUUACUUGUGGAGCCACCUGGCAUGCAGCGGGUCUGGUGACCCGUUUCCAUGGCGGUAACAACUUCCGCCUGUGGCACGAUGAGGGUGUGAACCUCUUUACGCAGUGGCAAAACGAAGGAACCCCGCUCAGUUUUCACACGCCGGGCUCCAUCCGACUGAUCCCCAACGAGAAGUCCUACAUCGACGAGGCCAGAUACCAAGUCGGCAAAGCCAAGAUCUUCUCGUCUUUAUUCGGCUGUGCUGAACAUCACAUGAUCUCCCCAGAUGAGAUCAAGGAGAAGCAUCCUCUGGUGAACCUAGACGACACCGGCAUCUAUGCUGGCAUUUUGACAGAGGGGGAUGGCCACAUCGACCCAAGCAGUGUCACAAAUGCUUUUGCAGACCGAGCUAAAGGCCUCGGCGGCGUCAUCGAGCAGAAAACGGAGGCACCACCAGCCGCGAUCAACGAAUCCGACCAUUGGCAAUUGGUGGUGGCCCUCAACUUGCUUCCCAGCAAGCAGUGGGAGGUCAUUACCCGCACAGCUUCAGGUGAAGAAAAGCGGACGGUAGCAGACUUCGUGAUCAACGCAGCCGGGCUCUGGUGCGACAAAGUUGGUGCCAUGGCUGGCGUCCGCGUGCCGUCGGUGGUGUUGCAGCAUCAGUACUGCAUCACGGAGGCCAUCCCGGAAGUGAAGGAGUACCACGACAAGCACGGCCACCAGCUGCCAGUGCUCCGGGACUUGAAGGGCUCCUUCUACGUGCGCGACGAACGCGACGGGAUCCU